AUGAAGGAACUCUUACACAUUCAUAAGCCUAUCAUGCUGGACAGUACCAACUUUGGUCACUGGAAAGUGAGGAUGCAACACAUCAUCAGAGGAGUUGAUGAAGAUGCUUGGACGUCUGUAGAAGAUGGUUGGAGUGCUCCUACCGUUGUCUUGGAAGAUAAGAAAUACCAGUAUGAGAAGCGCCUUGAUCACCUAGCCUCCAAGUUUGAGAACCUGAGAAUGAGUGAUGAUGAGCCGAUUGAUGAAUUCAUAUGCAAGAUCAGUGAAUUGGCAAGUGAAGCGUCUGUUCUUGGCAAGAAGUAUGAAGAAAAGGAUUUGGUGAAGAAGCUCCUAAGGUGCUUACCACCACGGUUUGAAGCUUAUAAAGCUGUUCUCACACUUGCUGUUGACACAGAUGAGAUGAAGUUUGAUAAACUCUCAGGCAUUCUGAAGGUGCAUGAUCUUGAGAAAACCGAUCGACAAUCUACUAACCAGAAGAGCAUUGCCUUCACAGCUGAGUCUAAGGAUGAUGGUCGAGUCACUAAGAUUGAAGAGAAUCUGAGUUUAAUGGCUCGAAACUUCAACAAGGUUGUCAAGCGUAUGGAGAAAGGGGGUGGUAGAUCCAAUGGACGCUACCAAAAGAAUGAUGUUGAAAGGGGCAGCUCUCAGCUCUCAAAGCAGGAUUCUAGCAAGAACACAAAGAUGUGUCAUGAGUGUGAAGGUUACGGCCACUUCAGAAGCGAGUGUCCCCUUGCUAAGAGAAAAGAUCAAAAAUGUAUUGAGUGUAAAGGCAUUGGGCAUACACGCAGUGAGUGUCGUAGCAUUCUCAAGAAAGAGAAGUCUCUCAUGUGCUUCACUGACACUGAAUCUGAAAGCGACAGUGACGAAGGUGAGCUGCACCUAAACUUCAUGGCUCUAAUUGGUCAAGAAAGUGGAAAAGAUUCUAAUGCUUACAGCGAGGAUGAUGAUGAUCUUGAGCAAAAUCUUGAAACUGAGUACAAGACUCUAUUUGACAAGUUCUCUGAUCUCAGUCAUGAGAAUCUCGAGCUUCUCAAGGAGAAAGCAAUGCUGAAAGCUCAGAUUAACAUACUGGAACUUGAUCAGCCUUCCACCAAGACAAAAGCUUACUCAAUUGACCGAGAGUCGGAUCAAGAAGUUCUUGCACUUAAGAGAGCAAUGACAGAGCAGGAACGAGUUCGUAAGGAAGCUGAAGAACACGUACAAACGUUGAGCGAUCUCUUAGCCGUAGAGACUGAUCGAAGUACGCUACUCGAAAGUCAACUAACUGAAAAUCACAAGAAGUUUGUGAGGGAAGCUCCUAAUGAAGAAAAGAAACCUGAAGAGAAAGGGGUCCCUGCUGAAAGAAACGAGAAUGUCAUUCCUAAACCAAAAAGAUGUGGAAACGGAUGUCAUUUCUGUGGGAAACGAGGACACAACGCUAGGUUCUGUUACUUUCGAAGACAACAUGAUCUUGUUUGCAACUUUGUGCGAGUACAAGUAGACACAGAGAUCGUUAGUAAUGUUGCUUAUACCUCUGCUGAAGAAGCAUCACAAUCUCAACUUCCCUGGUAUUUUGAUAGUGGGUGCUCAAAGCAUAUGAAUGGAAAUGAAGACUAUCUUGAGAAGCUCGAACUCAUCAGAGGUGGAAAAUUUACUUUUGGAGAUGGAGGACAAGGCAAAAUUCGUGCAAUUGGAAUAACCUCCAGACCUGAUGUGCCUAAACUCUCAAACGUUUACUUUGUUGAGGGUCUCAAGGCGAACCUGAUCAGUGUGAGUCAACUAUGUGAUGAAGGAUUAGAGGUUAUCUUUAACAGCAAGGAAUGUCGCGCCGUUGAUGCAAGAAACAAUGUGGUGCUGAGAGGUAUUCGUUCAGGGAACAACUGCUAUCUUUGGAGACCUUCAAACGUGUAUUUUACGGCUACUGAAUCCAGACUUGAUCUCUGGCACAAGAAACUGGGUCACAUGAACACCAAUGGGCUUAGCAGACUCGUGAAUGCUGAAGUAGUAAGAGGUGUCCCUGAUUUGAGAAACAGACAGAGACAGUAUGUGGAGCUUGCUGCCAAGGAAAGCAAGUCAAGGUACACUUGGGUGGACUUCUUACGCAACAAGUCUGAUGCUCUUGAGAGUUUCAGAAUCCUGGCUCUUCAACUCAAACAGGAUAAGGGAGGAAUCAUUCAGAUUAAGAGCGAUCAUGGGGGUGAGUUUCAGAAUGAGCAGUUUGAUAAGUUCUGUCACAGUCAAGGUAUCCGUCAUCAGUAUGCCGCUCCGAGAACUCCUCAACAAAAUGGGGUUGUGGAAAGAAAAAAUAGAACAUUGCAAGAAAUGGCUAGAGCAAUGUUGUGUGGAAACAGUGUUCCAUCUGGCUUUUGGGCGGAAGCAAUCAACACUGCGUGCUAUGAUAAAUCGGGUCUAUGUCAAGCCAAAGACCAAGACUACUCCUUAUGA